CGAAGGACGCCUGCAUGCCACACAUUUCUCAUUGAAACCACGUCUGUCUACCUUUCACUUCAGACUUCCACCUUCUAACCCCCUUUUUGGACACCCUUCAUCGCCACAAUGCCAUACAACAACACCCCAAUCACGCCUUCUGCCGUCGCAACCGGCACAGCAAACCUCCCACUCGCACGCGUCAAGAAAAUCCUCUCCGCCGACGAAGACAUCGCGUCAUGCUCCAACAACGCCGCCUUCAUCCUGACCAUCGCCGCCGAGAUGUUCAUCCACCACCUCGUCGAGCAGACCCACACCGUCGUGAAGACGGAGCGCAAACAGCGCCGCCAGAUCCACUACCGCGACGUAGCGAACGCGGUGUCCCGCAUCGAUAAUCUGAAUUUCUUGGCUGAUGUGGUGCCCAGGACGACGACGGUGCGGAAGGUCAAGGAGGCGAGGAGGGCGGCGGCGAAGCUGGCGCGUGCGAAUGGUCAGGCGACGCUUGAUGGGUUGCAUGGGGCUGUGAAGAAGGGUGCUGGUGGGGAUGGUGAGGGG